AUGUCAGGGCUGAAAGCGAGCCAGACCGCCCCAGACCAAGGCCAGACCGCCCCGGACCAAGGCCAGACCAACCCGGACCAAGGCAAGACCAACCUGGACCAAGGCCAGACCAACCCGGACCAAGAACCCAUAGCAGCAACAAACACACAGCAGCCACUAUGGAAGGACCUGGCCCAGGCCAUGGGGAACCUAAAGGUACGGGUUAAGGGCCUCAGACCCAAGGACCCUCGGACCCCGGAUCCAAGCCAGCUCCCCAAUGUACCUGACAGGCCCCCCACAAAGGAGCUGGCCCAGGUCAUGGGGAACCUGAGGUUCCGGGUGAAGGGCCUCAAAAAGCAGAGGGCUGAACCAGGAACCACCUCCCGGCUUGAAGAGGAGAGGCCUUUGGGCCGCCCUUCAGGCCGGAGCCCCUUCCCAGGCCAGACCGCCCCGGACCCAAGCCAGAUCCCUGAGGAACCUGCAGACAGGGCCCCAAGAAAGGACCUGUCCCAGGUCCUGGGGAACGUGAGGGUCCGGGUGAGGGCACUAAGAGAGCAGAGGGUUGAAACAGCUCCCACCGCCCUGCUGGAUCAGGAGGAGGUAAAGCCUUUGGGCCGCCCUUCACGCCAGAACCCCUUCAGGCGUAUUAAGAUGGCCUGGGCCGAAACCAAGGCCGUCGUCCCCACCGUCGCCCCCUCGAACACCCCUGAACAGCAGGAUGUGGUCAUUGAGGCUGAGGAGGAAGGGGAAGCCACAAAGCAGGCUGAGGGGAAGGGCCUCAGGCCUCGGAUCAGCAAGUGGCUGAACCUUAGAAUGAAGGACCUUUUAACAUUUGCUGCCCGGUUCCAUUUGUGA